AACCUAACUUCAGCUCACGUACAUAAACUAUAUCAAAUUAUGAAGCUUUGCUGGGUUGAAGACAGUGAAAAGCCUGGGUUGGAUACACUGGAAACUUUACUAACACACCUGUAUACAAAUAAAGAUGCUACACCUGCUGACAAUGAUGAUGUAGAGAGGAGGUGGCAGACUUUAUAUCCGGAUCCUAGAGAACACAAUCUUCCUUUUACUAAUGAUUCCAAGUGCAGCUUAAAGUUUGAAAGUAAUUUUGUUCCAGAGGUUUGUGUGCAGGAUCAUACAUUGAAAAGAGAUAGUCUGUUAUUUUCCUUGAAUUCUGAACAGUUGCCAAAUGAAAUACCUUCUCACGAAUCUUUCACAAUCGACUAUGAUGCCAAACUGCGUGGAAGCGUGUCUCCUAGUCUACAGAACCUUCGAGGGAGCAUAGAAGAGUUAUCCGAACAAGAUACGAAAGCAGAGCAGAUACUAACUUUACAACCAGGAUAUCAAAACCUUGAAGAUGGUGGUUUUUCAUUUCUGGAUGUUGGAGAGAGUUCCAGUUCCACAGAACUGACACAUCUUAUCGCUUCUAAUGAGCACAGAGAGACGCAUAAUACGAACGUCACCGUGGUUGAAGAAACCCUUCUACCACUGUGUAGUUUAAACGAGACAGCUGUAGUUUCAUCAGACCUGUUCCAGAAUGUAGCCGUGUCCUUAGAUCAAGAGAUUAUGCUAGUUAGCGCUUCCACGGAAACACACGCACGCGAAAUAGAACACACUGAAGACUUUAACAACUACGAUGAACCAGAUAAUGAGUUUAAUAAAACUUUCCCUAGUGAUAAGUCUGAAAAAUCAGACUUGCAUUGUUCUCAGUUAACAAAUACUAUUCAUCAGGGUAAUUCAGGGAAAGAUAACAUUUUAUCCUUUUCUCAUGAUACAGAGAAGGAGUUCUUUGAAUGUAUUAAAUCUGGCACUGAAAGUUUCGUUGAUGGUUCUUCCAUGAACAUUUUUCCAGCUUCUCAUAGUUUAACCAGAAGUGUAACAUCCGGUCCGAAAAGCUCAAGCACUGAACUGUGCCAAACAGGAUGUCCUACAACUGACACGAACCAGGUUGAUAGUAGCCACACGAGUUCAGAGAAAAGAAGUCAACCAACUGGAGUUGGUGACAAGUCUUGGAGAACUCACCUUGAAACCACACUGCCAAAUUUCCCAGGAAAGGAUUCAGAAGAAACGAUAGCGAGUGAAAAGAUAAAUAAUGAUCUUUCAGUAUUAAAAGAAGUAAAUGGUUCUACAGAAGAUGAUGAGCUACACUUGGUUUUAAGCAAAGAAGGAUGUACUUUGUUUGACUCUUCUCGAAAGGAAAGCUAUAUUACAGAAAGUGAUUGCUCAACUGGAUGGGAAUCAAACAAAAAAGAACCCAAUAGAAACACACAGUCUUCAAAGAUCAGGCAUGACUCCACUGAUUCAACAAGGAUGGGGAGUGGUGGGGAUGAUCCGUACGUGAAGUACAAUUCCACAGUAAGCCUUCAUUCCAUAGAAGAGAAACCAACGUCCAUUCUUCACCUUUGUUUAGAUAAAGAAACUGGAGAAAGAUGUUCUUGUUUAGAAAACCCUGGGAUUCCAUUUUCAAUCACUGAUUGCUGUUAUUCAAACUGCUUGAAAGUGUUCCCUGCUACUAAAGCUAAAGAAAUUGUUUCACUUGAUGGACUGACUGAAUCUGAAAAGGAACAACUCAGGACUUCCAUGUGUAAGUUUGGUAGUAUUACUUCAUGUGGAGAAAAAGAAAUGUUCCUUGGUCCAAAUAAUGAAAUGAGAACAAAAGUGGGUGAUAAACCUGAGCAAACGUGUGUUACCGUUGAUGAUAUAAAAUUAUCAUUUUCUUCUUUUGACAGUGAAAAUAUUGAUUCACCCAUCUCAUCAUUCACAGAACAUUAUAAGAUAAAGAAUCCUGGAAUCUGUUUAGAGGGAGUAAAAGAUAAUGGUGGUCGUCUUGAUUUGAGUUGUGAGACCUUGAAAUUCUCAAUGAAGGAAAUCCAGAGUCCAGCUUUAGAUAGUGGUGACAGUAUUAUAACCUCAAGUGAUAAGCAACAGAGAGAAACUCCUCAAGAGAGUAACUCAAAUCCCUUGAUGUCAAAAAUUAACACUGUUUCUUCAGGUCAUAUACUUCUUGAGCGUAGUUCAGAGCAGGACAAUGUGUAUGGGACAGUCCAGGAAGAUAAUACUGACAAGUUGCAAGAUGAGCUUGAGGGUCACAUAGUGUUUGAAAACAAACUAGAAAGCCCCAAACGGUCAAAUGAGGGUCAUUUGUUGACUUCAGAAACACAUGAAGACUUCUGUAGUAAUAAACCUUUCACAAUAGUAGGAGAUGACUAUAAUGGUUUAUCUGACAAUGAAAAUCAUGAACAGAGUUUUAGUACUGAAAAAGAUCAAGUUAAUACCGAUCAGAAAUUGGAGGAGUUAAUAGACAACAAUAUAUUUGAACAGAGCAAUCAAGAAAUUGUGUCUUCCUCUUUUGAAUUUCUGCCGGGAGAACCAAAUAGCGAAGUAACUGAGAAAGAAUCUUAUUGUGACUGUGAACCUUUAAAUACGAACAUGGAGGAAAGUGGUGCUAGUGAAGAAGUUGACACGCAGGGGGAAGACAUUAGUAUGUUUGAGUGGAGUAAUCAAGAAGUGGCUUCUUCUUCGUUUGAGUUCCACUCUACACAGCCUGAUGAGCAAAUCACUGACACUACAGCUAUCAGUAGUGCUGAUCGUGAAAUGGAAGGUAACGAGCAAACCAUUGACACUACAACUAUCAGUAGUGCUUAUCGUGAAAUGGAAGGUGACGAGCAAAUCACUAACGCUACAACUAUCAGUAGUACUGAUCAUGAAAUGGAAGGUGACGAGCAAGCCAUUGACACUACAACUAUCAGUAGUGCUUAUCAUGAAAUGGAAGGUGACGAGCAAAUCACUAACGCUAGAACUAUCAGUAGUGCUGAUCAUGAAAUGGAAGGUGACGAGCAAACCAUUGACACUACAACUAUCAGUAGUGCUGAUCAUGAAAUGGAAGGUAAUGAUUGUGGCAGUUUUGAGGAUAACAUUCAAGUUUCAGUAAAUGAUAUCCUUGAUGAUGAGGUUAAAAAGUUAAAAUAUAUUAGUAGUUUAUUUAAUCAGAGUAAUAAAGGAACUUCUUUAUUGGAGUUACACUCAGUAGAAUCCAAUAACCAAGAGUAUAAGGUAAUGGUAGAUAAGAGCAGUGAACCUGGACAACAUGAAACACUCGAGAAAGAAGUUUCUUGUACUGACACUGUAGAUAACUCUCAUUACAUUUCCAUAGAAGAAAGUCAUUUCUUACCUUUUCAGUCCUGUACAGAGGCAGAAGGUCCUGACAGAGAGGUGUUAGACAACUCUUUCACAGAAGACGAUAGUUUACAGGACAGAAUGUUUCAGCAUCACAACAUGAAAGAUCAUGUUCCUGAUGAGCCAUCAUCAGGAUUCGGUAAGUUCCUACCAGUUACAGACUCCAAUGUCGUCAACGUGCUUGACCAACUGUUGUCAUCUGAAGAUAUCCAGGUUGUUCAGACAAAUAUCUGUAAAAGCAUAGAAGAAAAUACACCCAAGAAAAAUUCUGAUACAGUGAUCGGUCAAAAUGAAAUUGUUGAAUUAUCCAGAAGCUUGGAAAUAGACAAGGAAAAUGCACCAAUCCUGGUUGUUAGUAAAGAGGUGAACAUGCUGCCAUUGGCCAAGAAUGCUGGUGAGCACGUCGUCAAGAACUGUGGCUCCACUAGAAUUAUACUACUUGAUAAAUCUAACAAAGAUUUUUCUUGUGAUGAAACAUAUCUUAAGGGUUGUAUGACUGAUCAUAAAUUAAAAGAAAGUGAUAAUGAAUUCAGAGAUACACCAGUAGAUAACAUUUUCAUAGACAUUGGUCAGCCAAGAGAGAGGUUCUAUGAUGAAGUUGUGAAGACCGAUGAGGGAGAGAAAGAACAGACAACCUCUACAAGCAGUUGUGAAAGUGUUGGAGAAUACCAGUUGGAAGAUAUACUCGAAGGUCUUAGUGAAGAAGAUGAAGGAGAAACAAAAACCAGUCUGAGUCGUUCUCACUGUGUUUCGGAGAAGAUAGGUCAUGAAGGUGAGGAAAUGGGUUCUAAACAAAAUUAUUUUGAAUUUUCAAGGCCUUUUCAAGAUGAUUCAAAUGUCUUUGGUUCAACGUCCAUAAUUAGAGUUGAUCAAGGAGAUAACAGCGAAGUCUUCAGGUUAUUACAGUUUGACCAAGCGUCAUCCAGGUCAAAACAGCAAGAACUUAGCAUUUUGUGCUCAGAACAUGAUGACAUCUUCUCCACAACAGAACCAAGUGAGAGUCAUUUCUGUAGUUUAGAUGGUUUAUCCAUUUACAGAAGUCCAGUGGAGGCAUUUGGUGAGAAACCGAUGAACAUGAAUGGACACAAAGUUAUUCAGGAUGUGUCCAACCAGCUAUUUUGUUACAAUGAAGAGCAAUGUCCCCCAAACAUUUAUUACAAUAGCUAUCCUUUAGUGUUAGAAAGUCCAAAAGGUGAAUUGAUUUUUGAAGGAGAGAGUAUCCUUUCUGGUAGAGAGAGCUUGUGCACUGACCAGAGUGGAGAUGUUGAAGUAACUGGCAAGGAACAAGAAGAAGGACUUAUGAUUCUGGCAGAUGAUGAUCUACCAGAACAAGAAUCUCCAACUGAAAAUACAGAAAUAGAGAGAGGUUUAAAUGUAAUUCACAGAAGGGACUUUGGUAUGCACAGGAUUGACUUUCAGAGUGACACUGAUGACUCUAGCAGCUCUGGGACCUCUUGUAGUUCUACAUCAGGAUCAUUUGAGUGCUUUAAUUUAAAAUUCAAAGAUUGGAAGAUAGAGAAAGUUUUUAAAGAAAAAAAUCAAGAAGAUGAACUUGAAAAAGAGGAUGAAGAUAUGAAGCUUUCUACAUGGGAUCGUAAUGCCACACCUACCCGAAGUGCUUUUUUAUCCACAGAAAAAAAGCUACUUGGAAUGAAGAAAAGUGUAUCCUUUCAUGAAGAUUAUCCAAUGCUAGUUUACAACUAUCCCCCAGAAAUUGAGAGUAAUGACAACGUGGAGGACGAUAUUGAUGAUGCCGAAGAGUUUUGCUGGAAAAUAGACUACGAAAACUAUGCAGAUUGGGACAUAGAAAGAGAAGUGGAAGAGUGUUUUAAACCACUAGUUUCAACUCAUCAGGAAAUUAGGAUGUAUCCAGUUACAGAUGACAUCCUCCAAGAUGUACCAAAGAUUGCAACAGAAAAAUUCGUUCAGGAUUUUGUUGGAGAAAACAAGAAUUUGGUGAGAGAAGGCAAUCCUUGUUUUAAAGAAAGUUUGUCUUAUAGUAACAGAAAGAAUAAGGAUGUCCUUAGUGAGGGUUUCUUUAUUUCCUGUAAACCUGGCAGCCAGUAUUCUAACGAAGAAAACAGAAACCAGUUUUAUAGAUCAGGUGCAGAUACCUCGGGUUCUGUAGCUUUGUCAUAUAUAGAAGAUGAAUCAUCAUCUCUCAUGUCACAAGAGGAAGAUUGCAGAUGUGACGAAUCACGAGUUGUGACUGAAGCCUAUAAUUCAGCAAUAAUGACAGUUCAUGGCCUGGAAUUUGAUAGUCAUCAUCUAAGUUAUGAUCACAUGCCAGGAUAUCUAAAGAACAGUGUGUGCGAGGAAUCCCAGUCAGGGGUUAGUUACGACUUUCAACCAUUAUCAAACCUCCUCACUAUACCAGACGAGUUGCCUAAUUUUGUAGAUGCAAAAAGUUUCGAUGAUACAAAUAUCUUCAAACCACUAACUUCCAAUGAUGCAUAUUUUGAAUGUUGUUCCUUACAACAAUUCAAAGAGCCAAUUCAGAAUAUUGGUAAAGGACAUUGUUUCAUGGAGGAGAACUUUAGUGAAAAUAGGGAAAUUGGAGUUGAGAGACUAAAAAAAGAAUCUGACCUGUACUCUCCUAAUAAUGAGUUGUUUCCUUCAGACUUUCAUUUUGAAAUUGCUGACAGUGACCAAGAGGACUUUUUUAAAUGUGAUUUACAGGAACUCCAUGAAAAUUGUAAAGAACCUGAGUCUCCUUUGGAUGAAGUCAGACAGUCAUUUACAGAAGGAAAUAUCGAGAUUAAUUAUAAAGAGCCAGAAGAUGGCAUGAAAUUGAUGAAAGACAGGAAUAUUCAGAGCCAACAUGAGGAGCCAGAAUAUAGUGCUGAAUCACUGACAGAAAGAAACAUUCAAAGCCAACAUGAGGAGCCAGAAGCUGGUGCUGAAUCACUGACAGAAAGAAACAGUCAAAGCCAACAUGAGGAGCCAGAAGCUGGUGCUGAAUCACUGACAGAAAGAAACAAUCAAAGCCAACAUGAGGAGCCAGAAGCUGGUGCUGAAUCACUGACAGAAAGAAACAUUCAAAGCCAACACGAGGAGCCAAAAGCUGAUGCUGAAUCACUGACAGAAAGAAACGUUCAAAGCCAACACGAGGAGCCAGAAGCUGGUGCUGAAUCACUGACAGAAAGAAACAGUCAAAGCCAACACGAGGAGCCAGAAUAUGGUGCUGAAUCACUGACAGAAAGAAACAGUCAAAGCCAGCAUGAGGAUCCCGAAUGUAGUGCUGAAUCAUUGACAGAAAGAAACAGUCAAAGCCUGCAAGAUGAUUCAAAAUGUGGCACCGAGUCCCUAACAGACAGAAACAUUCAGAUCCAGCAAACCAUUCAAGGGGAACUUGAAGAAUUAGAAAACAAUGAAUGUUACCAACUUAAAGAAUUAAAAAAUCUUCCACAUUUUAUGGCAAACAAAUACUGUGAAGUGAAGAGUACUGAUGUGUCUGUUCACUCGGAGAAUGUUGGUGUUGAAGGAGACAGUGACCCUGCUAGUGUGAGAAGUACUGAUGAGUCUGUUCACUCGGAGAAUGUUGUUGUUGUUGAAGGAGACAGUGACCCUGCUACUGUGAGAAGUACUGAUGAGUCUGUUCACUCGGAGAAUGUUGGUGUUGAAGGAGACAGUGACCCUGCUGGUGUGAGAAGUACUGAUGAGUCUGUUCACUCGGAGAAUGUUGUUGUUGUUGAAGGAGACAGUUACCCUGCUGGUGUGAGAAGUACUGAUGAGUCUGUUCACUCGGAGAAUGUUGUUGUUGUUGAAGGAGACAGUGACCCUGCUGGUGUGAGAAGUACUGAUGAGUCUGUUCACUCGGAGAAUGUUGGUGUUGAAGGAGACAGUGACCCUGCUGGUGUGAGAAGUACUGAUGAGUAUGUUCACUCGGAGUAUGUUGGUGUUGAAGGAGACAGUGACCCUGCUGGUGUGAGAUGUACUGAUGAGUCUGUUCACUCGGAGAAUGUUGGUGUUGAAGGAGACAGUGACCCUGGUGGUGUGAGAAGUACUGAUGUGUCUGUUCACUUGGAGAAUGUUGGUGUUGAAGGAGACAGUGACCCUGCUGGUGUGAGAAGUACUGAUGAGUCUGUUCACUCGGAGAAUGUUGUUCUUGUUGAAGGAGACAGUGACCCUGCUGGUGUGAGAAGUACUGAUGAGUAUGUUCACUCGGAGUAUGUUGGUGUUGAAGGAGACAGUGACCCUGCUGGUGUAAGAAGUACUGAUGAGUCUGUUCACUCGGAGAAUGUUGGUGUUGAAGGAGACAGUGACCCUGCUGGUGUGAGAAGUACUGAUGAGUCUGUUCAUUCAGAGAAUGUUGGUGUUGAAGGAGACAGUGGCUCUGCUGGUGUUGAAGGAGACAGUUACCUUGAAUAUGUUGGAGAUGACUCAAGACAGAAAACCUAUAUGUAAUUGAUCUUUAUUGGCUAAUUGGUACUUUACCAAACAUUGAUAUUAUGGGUACCAUCAAGGAAGAUUCUGAAGAAAAGCACAGGUAUUGUCUGGAUGUAGCUCUUAACAACAAUCAGCUGGAUGAUGUAACAGAAUCCUUCAGUUUGGGAGAAAAAUUGGAACCUUACCGUUAGAGUGAUAGUAAUAAAACUGAUAAAAUUAAACUCUCAAUUAGAAAGCUACUUUUACUAUAUAGAGAGAAAAAUCUUGUAAAAGUGGUCAUGAAUUUGACCAUCCUGAAGAUACACAUUGAUCCGGUCACCAGUCUGAUCACACUAUUGAUCUUAAGAGUAUAACUAAUGAAAUUCCAACAUCAGGUCAACAGCUUGAAAAUGCUGAAGAAGAAACCAGUACAUUUACACAAAAGUUAGGUAGUUAUGUAAAAAAAAUAAACAACAAAUGUGUCUAGUCAUCAGGUUGAGGAAACUGAAACAUCAUCUCACCCAUUUAUCGAAUAACCUGCUGGAGACUGUUUACAACAAAAAAUAAGUGACAAGAGUUAAGACUCUCAAAAUUACAAGUUCAGUCAUGGCUUGCAGCUUCUUCAGGGAUAAUAACUCAAGAAGUUUUGGUGAAGAUAAUAUUGCUCAUCAUCCCCCCCCCCUGAAACAAUCU